AUGAAAUCAAAUAUUCCACUGUCUCUUCAUGGUUCUCUGCCUGGUUUAUCACCCCACUUUCUGUUUGGAAACUUGAUUCAAGCAGGUGUAUUGUUUCGCAAUAUAUCAGUGCCUAAUGCUUUGCGUCAGUUCAAAGCUCGAUAUGGAGAUGUAUUUCAGUUUUGGCUCGGUUCUUCACGUAUAAUUGUCGUCAGUGGUGUUGAGGAUGUACAACACGUACUCACUCAUCGGCACAUCUACGAUAAAGGUGCUUUAUCUACUCGAACAUUUAGCAUACUCUUUCCUGAUGCAAUCGUCUGUUGCAAAGGCGCCAAAUACAAGCGUCAUGCCGCCUAUAUUCUCACCUUAUUUCGUCGUACAAAGGUCAUGGCUAAUCUAGAUUUAAUGAUUGAUCAUGUUGAUAAAUUGUUAGUUAGAUGGCGUGCCAAUGACAUCGAUAUAAUUCAUCAAAAUAUUCUUCAACAAUGUCAAUAUCUCGUACUUGGUAUCUUUGGUUUCAUUGCUUUUGAUUAUGAUCUAGAAAUACUUAAUGGCGAAGAUUUUACCGGAAAUGAACUUACACAAGCUUUGCAAGACUUUGUCUCUGCAUUCCAAUUUCUGCUUUUUUCACCAUCAUUCAUCAGCUCUAUCUAUUUGAAAUUCAAUUCUCGAUAUAGACGUGCCAGAGAAGUUAUCAAACGACACCUGUAUCAAAUAAUCGAACAAGAAUUGACCGAGAAUGAAGAAUCGCUAGCAAAUCGAAAGAGAACAUGUUUCAUCGCUUCACUGGUCACCUCACUGCAAGAAAACGAAAGUUUAGAAGCCAGCAAACCUGAAGAAGACAAAAAAGGUCUAUCUCGUCAAGAAGUAUUGGAUGAGAUGCUUCUUUUUCUUGUGGCUGGCUUCGAAACGACUGCGACUGCGCUGGCUUGGUUCAUCCAUCUCAUGAGUAAACAUCCGCGAGUGCAAAGCAAGAUUAAGGCAGAAUUAGCAUCCAAUGGUGGCACCACACAAGAUAUCACACAAGAUCGUCUUGACUCAUUAGUCUAUCUAGAUUGUGUUGUCAAUGAAGUUCUUCGCUUUUGUCCGCCACUACUAGCAGCAGUUCGCACAGUGGGUGUCGACGACGUUCUACCACAGAGUGGAGCUCAGCUACAUGAAGGAGAUGAAGUGCUCAUUCCAAUUCACAAUCUUGCAAGAGAUACUCGUCUCUGGUCGAUUGAUCCUGAUCUCUUUUAUCCUGAGAGAUUUCUUGAAGCAGACAAGAAUCAUCAUCCCUAUGCUCUUCUUCCAUUUAGCACUGGUCAUCGUCAGUGUAUUGGUCAAGAUUUGGCUCGUUUUGAACUCAAAGUAUUAGCAGCAAGGUUGAUGCAAAACGUAACAUUCACUGAUGGUGGUCCUCAAGUGAAUUCAGGUGGACAUUUUGCAAGAGUUUCCGUCAUGCCCAAACAUAUUGGUGUCAAAAUUAGCUUUGACUAUUAA